GUGGCAACAGUCCUCAGUUUCUGGGAUUUCAACAGUUGAGCGGCUGUGCUCAAUCUAGUCUAAUCUGACAUGAGAAAGCUGCCCACCCUCCUCUCAGGAAGAAACAUAAUUUUAAUGUAGGUGCAGAGGCGGGGCCGCACUUCUCGGCGCCUCCGCACUUCCUUGGCGCCACAUUAGCAGCCUCCGGAGUCCACCUAGGUACCGCGGGGGCAGCCUGGCAAGGCUCCAGGCCCGCGCCCCCGCCCUUUUUUCCGGGGUGGCUCCGCGCGGCCGGCGUCCUGCACCAGGCUUGCGCUCGCCUCCCUGCCGGGCGCGGGAAGGGCGCUCCGCCUCCCAAAGGCCAGCGGCGGCCAUGGCGGCCAAGGCGGCCAGUCAGGUCCGGGCGUGGGCGGGCGCCGCGCUCCGCAGGCCAGCCCACACCGCCCGGCCACCAGUCCCUCUCUGGGUCGGCACAGGGUUCCGACAGCGUCUGGGCCUCACGCUGGAUUCGGCAGAGGGAGACCACGGCGGGUCCACGCCCGGCUCGCAAGGCGGGCCCGAUGGAGCAGCAAAGCUCUCGGCGAACGAAGAGUUAACCGCAGCGGAACAGCAGAUCGCGGAGCUGCACGCCGCCGCCUGCGCGACUGGCCAGCUUAACUAUGUGGACCCAGCUACUGGCUACACGGUGCUCACACGGAUAGCCCACUUGCAGAGAGGUUCCUGCUGUGGCUCCGCCUGUAGACACUGUCCAUAUGGUCAAGUCAAUGUUAAAGAUCCAUCUAAAAAGAAGAAAUUCAAUUCAUAUUUUUAUGUUUGACAACAGUUUUAUCUCCGUUGUCUAAGUGAACUUGUAAUUUUUAAGAAAUGAAGCCUUAAUCCAGGAUUGCUCUCUGUGCUGUUAAGUAUUUGAGCUCUAAUUUAAUCUUCAAUACAUAUAUUAAAAGAACAUCAAUAAAAGAAAAAGCUAACAAAUGUUAUGUGUUUCUGAAGUGGCACAUUGAUAGCUAUUUUCCUUUCUUUUUGCUUCAUUAUCAGACACAUAUGUUGAAGAAAGAAAAUAAUGACUGUUCUAUUAAAUAAAAGUAGCAAUUGGGUCACAUGA